UACCCCUCCACUCCGCGGGCGGAUCAGAAGCCAUGGGCCGCGAAGACCAGAUCGAAGAGCGCGAGGUGCUCGACUCAAUUUUCCCCGAUGAAAUCACAGACAUAUCCGAAACCUCAUACCGAGUAUCCAUAUCUCUCGACGUCCCCGAAUAUGAUGGCGAUGAAUCAGAAAUGCCAGUGAUAAUCCUGGAAGUCUCAUACCCGGAAGCAUAUCCCGAUGUUGCACCGGAUCUCAACAUCUCUUCUCCACACGAUGCCCCGAAGCACCCCCGGCUAGAUGUCCAGGAAGACCGGGACCAGCUACUGCAGAGCCUUGAACCCACCAUUGAAGAGAACAUGGGAAUGGCAAUGGUAUUCACUCUCGUUAGCGCACUCAAAGAAAACGCCGAGACUCUCGUUACCGAACGGGCAAAUGAAGCUCAAGCUGAGAAGGAUAAGGUGGCCGCCAAGAGGGAAGAGGAGGAGAACCGCAAGUUCCACGGCACACCUGUCACCAUUGAGUCGUUCUUGGAGUGGAGUACCAAGUUCAAGAAGGAGAUUGAGGACGAGGAGACACGGUUACGUGAGGAGAAGGAGGCAGACGACAAGAAGAAGAAGACUACGGUGAAGGAGGAGAAAAAGCUCACAGGGCGACAACUUUGGGAGAAGGGUCUUGUUGGCAAGGGUGAUUAUGAUGAGGAUGAGGAUGAUUCUAUGCCGGCCGUUGAUAAGCUGAAAGUGGCUGCAUGA